GGAAUAUACUAUCCAAAACAAACAGUAUGUAUAUGUUUGGCUUCACGGGACUUCACUCUUUCCCGUUUCACUCUGCAUUUGCAUCCAACCUUGGGUUGCCAGCAGCUCAAAACACUUCAGCUACUCUCUUUUUCCCCCACAUCCUUCUUCUUUAUCUCUUCAUCCUCUCACUCUUGUUUGUAUUUCUUUACAUACUCGUGAGGUCCUUUGUUGUAUGUCUCUUUCCUUUUCAAUCGGGAUAACACUGUCUACUAUCGCAUACAUUCACUUUAUUUUCUGCCUUUUGCUCUGCCUAAUUUCAUUCACUGAGAAGUCCACUACCCCUCAUCUGCUACAUUUUGCAUAUUUGUAGCCGCAUCUGUUUACAUAUUGCAUCACUUUCUUGCUUACAUUGUCGGGACCAGAUCAGUGAAAGAUGGAUCCUGAGA